AUGGCUUCGUUGAUCGGAUCCAAAUCUCGUCAAAUUUCAUCUCCGUCGCCUUUUGCUUCGUCGAUCGGAUCCAAAUCUCGUCAAAUUUCAUCUCCGUCGCCUUUUGCUUCGUCGAGUACGGCUUUCUUGUCUCGGCCGUUGGAAGGUAGAUUUCUCGUCGAGGCAAUGUGCGGAAAAUAUGCGUGUUCGUCGUCAGAGGCGUCUGUGAGAUUUCAGAUUGAUGGAAGGCCGGCGUCUCCCGGCCGUUCGAUUUCGGUUCAGAAGAAUCGCGAGAGAAAUGCGAAUGCGGUGUCGUCGAAUAAGAAGAAAUGGUGCAUGUGUUCUCCGUCUACUCACCCAGGCUCUUUCAGGUGUUCGCUGCACAAGAAGAAUUGGAGGCGCUCUGUUAAUGUCGUGAAUCGCAGCAGCGAGUUCCCGAACGGAUCGUUGAAUUUCCGUAGAUCGGCAAUGGCGAAUUCGAUUGUGAGAAAUGGAGGCGUGGAAGGUGCUGAUCUAGUGAAAAGAGCUGCCUUGGUUAGACCUUCUUCGCACCAGGUGCGGCGGCCAUCAGCGUUUCAACCUAUCGGCCAAAAGCAGAGGAGGAGUACAUCUUCCAGCACUCAUCAAUGA